UGUUGCGCAGUUUCAUCUAAUCUAAAGUUCAAGGUACCGUAGACAGGUUUGGUUUGGUUCAUUGGGCUCUCUAUCAUUCAUCUCCACAGCUGGUGACUGGUGUGUUUGUCUGCACGGAGGCCUUUUAAAUUCAAAGAUCAGACAUCAUGGGAGAGUGGGGUUUUCUGUCGACUCUACUGCACAAAGUCCAGUCCCAUUCCACCGUCAUCGGGAAGGUCUGGCUCGUCGUGCUGUUUAUCUUCAGGAUCAUGAUCCUUGGAGCUGGAGCAGAGAAGGUCUGGAGUGAUGAACAGUCCAGUAUGAUUUGCAACACUAAACAACCAGGUUGUAAGAACGUCUGCUAUGACCACGCGUUCCCAAUCUCACACAUUAGAUUCUGGGUCCUUCAGAUCAUCUUCGUCUCAACACCGACACUGAUCUACUAUGGUCACGUCAUCCAUGUCAUCCAUCAAGAAAAUAAGUUAAGAGAGCGUAUGAAGAGCGAGCCUAGGAGCGGAACUGUCAAAUCCCCAAAGUACUCCGACGACAAAGGCCACGUCGUCAUGAAAGGCAACCUGCUGGGAAACUACAUAACCUCCAUCUUUUUCAGAAUCAUUCUGGAGGUAGCGUUCAUUGUGGGCCAGUAUUAUCUGUAUGGCUUCACUUUGGACGCAUUAGUCGUCUGCUCCCGAGACCCCUGUCCCUUCACCGUAGAGUGCUACAUGUCUCGACCCACGGAGAAGACCAUCUUCAUCCUCUUCAUGCUGGUAGUGGCCUGCGUCUCUCUUCUACUCAACGUGGUGGAGCUCUUCUACGUGGCGUGUUCUCGCUCAUCCAGGCGAAAGUCUAAAACCACGCCCGCUGCUGCCAUUACCAUUCACCAGCGUUACAACGGGGACAGUCUGAUGAGAAGCGAGAAGCUCAGCCUCCAUGAUGUCAGCCACAGCACAGCCUGAAGGAUGCCAUUUAGAUCCAGUGCGCAGAAUGAAACAGUCACAUAGUGACAAAGAACACAAGAGGGCAAACAGAAAUGGGAUGGAAAUGAGACUGUGCCACUGAGAGUUAUUUAUUUAUGUGAUGCUUAAUACCUGAAAAUUAUACAAAUUUGGAGUCCUAUGUUUAGAUUAAUAAUACAAUAUAUGGUACUCUACGACUCAAGCAAUGUUUUUCAAAUUGUACAAAAAAGCCGCUGUGAUUUUAUUUUGUUUCUUGCUCCGUAUUUUGUACUUAAAACUAUAUAUAUUUGACCAAUUUCACCUGCUUAAAAGCCAUUCAGUAAUACUGUAUGCUUCUUUUUUGUUGUUGCUCUAAAACAGUGUACAACUGCCGCUAGUGCAACUUUGUUUUUCAGUUUCUGCAGUUUAAUUUGCUGGCAUAACUUUUGGGACUGUAAAUAUUUUAAUAAUAAAUCAUUCUGUAUAUUUCAUGUUUUGUAUUUAAUAUGACUGUAUAUGCCUUCUGUUUGUAAUUGAUUGAAAUAAAUAUUAAAG